CCCCCAUCGUGGACACUCGCACGACCCUUCAGACCCUGUGCCAUCCGCAUCCCUACACAACCCAGUGAGUCCACAAAGAGCUAUUCUCUCCCUAGUACAACCCUCCGUCCGUCGUCCAUCUCCACCAAGAAGCCAGUCUCUAAUCGCUGGCCCACGAGCCACCCCAACAGAUUUGAUUGUUUGCGCACACAAUGGCGAAGAAAGGAAAAAGCAAGAACAAGAGCAAGAGCAAGGGUGGCGCUGCCGCCGCGAAGAAGGUCGCCGAUACUCCGGCUGCCCUUCUCCCCGAGCAGGAAGUCGAGGAGACCGUCACAAAGAGCGAUGCGGAGCCCGAAACCGUGGUCACUGAUGCUGGCGCAGCUGUGACUGCGGACCCUACCUCCGUUCUCCCCGACACUGCCGCUAAAGGCAUCACUGCUGCCCCGCUCGAUGAUUCCACUGAGGAGGCAUCCGACGCGGUGGACUCUUCGUCCCCCAAUGCUGACGAGCCUGCCACCGAGGCUGUCAAGGAGGAAGUGGAGGAGCCUAUUGCUGUGGCUGGAACGAGUAAGUUGUUGCCUUCUGCUGGUUGCACCUAUUGGAUGUCUGGGCGAAUUGUUGACAUCAUUUUCCUUCUAACGCAGCCACUACCUUGCCCGAGCGCCCCAAAGACACUGUCUUUGAACCAGAGACCCAUGAAACUCACGUGAAGAGACCGUAUGAGAGCAGCCUGACCACAAAGGACGAAGACCACAAGCCGCCCAAGAUUCCUAAGGUCGAGGAGGACCUGGAUGCCACCAUCUCAGCCA